UGAGUUAUGUAAUAUGAACCAGGCUUAUCAAGUAGUUUAUUAGAGUUUAUAAAAAUUAGAGAGACCAGUAUAUCAAAGAAUUAACAGAAUAUUUAAUCCAUUUAUAAUUAAUAAACUUUGAAUGUACAUAAAUCAUGGGCACAAGUAAUUUGCACUCAUAAGAGAGAAAAUUAAUAAGCUGAUUUGAUACCUCCAUUUAAUCAAAUUGUAUAGUCAGUCUUGAACUUGUAUCCAUGUGUAGACAAUUACUUUUUAUAAUUAGAAUUGAUUGAGAUUUUAAUCAAGGUUUAAUAAGGUUGUAUAGGGUUAACUAAAAUUUGUUAGAUGAUAUUUUUAGAAUGCUGAAUUGCACUAAAUUGAAAAAAAGAAAGUUUGAAGAGUAGUGUUAAACCAUAUUAUUAUUAAAUAAAUAUUUCAAUCUUAAGAGUUCGGUUUUGUUGGUCAUAAAAUAAAACUGAAGGAAUUAAUACGAUUGAUUGA